CCUAGCAUUUGAAAUUCCGACACUGAGAUCCAUGCUCUCCCGCAAAUUGAAACUCUUUCAUCUUUAGUUUAUAUUUGUGUUUGAUGUAAACCAACUUUGCAUGUGUUCUGUAAGCAAGUUUUUGACAUUAAUUUUCAUUCAACAUACAUAGUUAAUUACUUCUUCACUACCAAAAGUAGAAAACAUGGUUAAUAAGGACACAGUUCAUGCCCAUCUGUUGGAUUUUCUCAAAGCUUUUCCUCCAGUUGAGUUUUGCUGUGUCUAUGGCUCGGCUCUUCAUUCGACCUAUCCUGACAAGUCAACAAUGACCGAUUACAUACUAGGUGUUUCUGAUCCCCUGCAAUGGCAUUCUGAGAAUCUAAAAAUGAAUACUGAUCAUUACGCCUCAUGGAUGGUGCAUCUUGGUGGGGCAAAACUGAUUACUGGUGUUGCUGACAGUAUAGGAGUAGGAAUACACUUCAACCCAUAUGUUACUUGGAAUAACAAGAUGCUGAAAUAUGGAGUUUUUCGAAUGAAUGAUUUGAUUCAAGACCUAUUAAAUUGGGAGAGCUUGUAUUUGAGUGGUCGUUUACAGAAACCGGUAAAUAUGCUUGUGGAUAAUUUGGAUAUUGAAAAUGUAAACUCAGUUAACCUUCGAGCUGCUGUGUCUGCCUCUCUCCUCUUCUUACCACCCAAAUUCACAGAGGAAGACCUGUAUGCCAAAAUAUGUAGCCUUUCAUACAUGGGUGACUUGCGUAUGCUUUUUGCAGAGGAUCGAAAUAAGGUGAAGAAGAUUGUACGAGGGCAGUUUGAUUUAUUCCAGACCAUGUAUAAGACAUUUCUUCGAGAGUAUGAAGACAAAGACUUCUUAAGAUUCUCGUCAUCUACAAAUCAACUUGCAAAUAUAUCUCAGGAUUGUGGCUUAGCAGUGACAUGCUCUCACUUAUCUUCCCUUCCUCCAAGUAUUAGAAGUCGAAUGGGGAUAAAGAAAGAAAAGAUGGAAGUAAUUAGUAAAUCUGGUGAAGUUGGUAAUAGCUAUAGGUUGGGGUUUGGGUCAAGAGAAGAGGCUGCACAAUGCAUGCAGAAAGUAUUGAGGCGAACAGUGAGGGUUUCAAGUGCAAGGCAAGCUGUAUCAGGUGUACUGACGGUUGGUGGUGUUAAAGCUGCUAGAUAUCUAACCAAUAAAAUGUGCAAGGCUUGGAGAUCAUGACAUUGGCAUGAUUGUCAUACUCUAAAUGGGAUAAGGAUGUCAAUUUCACCGGAUCUAACGGGGUAUUACUCAGGUUGGUUUUUAUUUAUA